AUGGGAGCGGGGAAUCAAUGGAAAUAUCUCUACGAGGUAUUGUCAAAGUCGGGUCCUUUUUCAGAUCCUGACUGGGUUCCUGGAAAUGAAACAAUAAAGUCCCUAGAGGAAUCUAAGAUCUUGGUGAUGCAGUUUCUAUUUCGUCAAUCUGACAUAGGCAAACCCAAAGCAGAGGUUGCCGCCGCAUUUGUUGAGAGACGAGUCAAAGGUGUCAAGAUUACACCCUUUGUUGGCAAAAUCCAGGAUAAGGAUGAAGACUAUUACAUGCAGUUCAAGAUAAUUGUCUGUGGUCUUGACAGCAUCGAAGCUCGACGGUGGAUUAAUUCCACGUUAGUCGGAAUGGUUGACAUAGACAAUCCAGAGAGCCUAAAGCCUUUAAUUGACGGCGGAACAGAAGGAUUCAAGGGUCAGGCGCGUGUCAUUUUACCUACCCUCACAUCAUGUAUCGAGUGUCAACUCGAUAUGCACGCUCCCCGCCCGGCGGUACCGCUCUGCACUAUCGCCACUAUUCCCCGCCAGCCUCAGCAUUGCAUUGAAUGGGCACACCAGAUAGCAUGGCAGGAUAAACGCAAGGAUGAUACGUUUGACAGUGAUGACAUGGAGCACAUCGGUUGGGUAUACAAUGCCGCGCUUGAACGAGCUAAAGAAUUCAAUAUUUCCGGGGUGACCUUUCAGAUGACGCAAGGCGUGGUGAAGAACAUCAUUCCGGCUAUCGCAUCAACAAACGCCGUCAUCGCAGCCGCCACAACAUCUGAAGCGUUGAAGAUCGCUACCUCUUGCAAUCCCUUCUUAGAGAACUACAUGAUGUAUGCUGGGGAGGAAGGCGUAUACACUUACACUUUUGAAGCGGAAAAGAAGCCAGACUGCCCUGUCUGUGGUAACCUCGCACGCAAGAUAACAGUGAACCCUGAUGCCACGUUGGAGGAAUUCAUUGAGACGCUUGGGGAGCGACCCGAGGCACAGCUGAAGAAGCCGAGCUUGAGAACGGAAGAGAAGACCCUUUACCAGCGCUUCCCACCUCAAUUGGAAGAGCAGACUCGGCCACACCUGAAACAAAAGCUUCGUGAUCUUAUUGUGAGUGGGCAGGAGGUUGCUGUGAGCGACCCUGCAUACACGAUCGAUUUCCGCUUCCAGCUGGUUUUCGGGUAA